GAACCUAAAGAACCCCCGAAAGAAAAAUCCCUCUUUCUGGCUCUCUCCCUCUGUCCCUCUCUGAAUCGAAGCCAUGGAAGCGAUACUGGUAGACUGUGUAAACAACAGUCUCAGGCAUUUCAUGUACCGAAACGCCAUUUUUAUGUGCGAGCGUCUAUGUGCCGAGUUCCCUUCUGAGACAAAUUUACAGUUGUUAGCUGGAUGCUAUUUGCAAAAUAAUCAAGCUUACUCCGCAUAUCAUAUUCUAAAAGGCACACAAAUGGCUCAAUCCCGCUACUUGUUUGCAAUAUCAUGCUUUCAGAUGGAUCUUCUAAAUGAAGCUGAAGCAGCAUUAUGUCCUGCUAAUGAGCCUAAUGCAGAGGUUCCAAAUAAUGCAGCUGGGCAUUACCUUCUUGGGCUUAUUCACAGGUAUACUGAUAGACAGAAAAGUGCCAUUCACCACUUCAAGCAGGCUUUGGCUCUAGAUCCUUUACUCUGGGCUGCAUAUGAGGAGCUGUGCAUAUUAGGUGCUGCUGAAGAGGCAACUGCAUUUUUUGGUGAAGCAGCUGCUCUUUGCAUUCAAAAGCAGUACAUAAACCAUGCACCAGCUUCCCAAAACAUGCAUAUCUCCCAUGAGGAUCGUAAUUUACCCUCCACUAGAAAUGUUGGCUCAGAAGAUGUUAGUCCAAGGCAGUUGAAGCAUGCUCAAUGCAAUAACCUUAGAGAUGUUCCUGGAGCUGCAACAUUAGGAGGAGCUGUAAAUCAACCUACUAAUGGUGGUCCUCCAAACUUACCAUUUUAUAACACUCCUUCACCAAUGACCACACAGUUGUCAGGUGUUGCCCCGCCACCUUUGUGUAGAAAUGCACAGCCAAAUGGUCCAAACACUACCACGCUUGGUGCUGAUAACUCCCCAAGGUCAAUUGUGAACUCUAAUAUUCAAGCCCCUAGAAGAAAAUUUGUUGAUGAAGGGAAAUUACGGAAGAUUUCUGGGAGGUUGUUUUCUGAUUCUGGGCCUAGAAGAAGUACAAGACUUGCUGCUGAAGCGGGGGCCAACUCAAAUGCAAGUUCCACUUUGGUGGCAGGGAAUGGAAUUAGCAAUUCUUCUAAGUAUCUUGGUGGUUCUAAAUUGAGCUCUAUGACACUUAGGUCUGUUACAGUUCGUAAGGGACAGUUGUGGGGCAAUGAAAAUUGCGAUGAAGGGAUACGCAAUGAAACGUUUGAUGAUUCACAUGCAAAUGUUACAACAACAAAUUCUGCCUCAUCACCCUCUGGUGAUGCUAGAUCUCUUGAAACAGAAGCAGCAUCUUUACCAGUUGGUGGAGUUAUCAUAAGUGCCUCAAAGGUUUUAAGUGGUGCUUCAGAAAUAUUAGGCCUCUUGAGAGUUCUUGGAGAUGGCUACAGACUUUCCUGCUUGUACAGGUGCCAGGAUGCACUGGAUAUCUAUAUGAAACUUCCGCUCAAGCAUUAUAAUACAGGCUGGGUUCUUUCCCAGGUUGGAAAAGCAUAUUUUGAAUUAGUAGAUUAUUUAGAAGCCGCUAGGAUUUUCAGUCUUGCCCGUCAAGCAUCGCCUUACAGUUUAGAAGGAUUGGAUAUAUAUUCUACUGUUCUAUAUCAUUUAAAGGAGGACAUGAAGUUAAGUUACUUGGCUCAAGAGCUGAUAUCAACUGAUCGCUUGGCUCCUCAAUCAUGGUGUGCCAUGGGAAAUUGCUAUAGUUUGCAAAAAGACCAUGAAACUGCUCUAAAAAAUUUUCAGCGGGCUGUGCAGCUUAAUUCAAGAUUUGCAUAUGCACACACUCUUUGUGGUCAUGAAUAUGUAGCUUUGGAGGAUUUUGAGAAUGGAAUUAAGAGUUACCAGAGUGCUCUACGGAUUGAUGCUAGACAUUAUAACUCUUGGUAUGGCCUUGGGAUGGUUUAUCUUCGGCAAGAGAAAUUCGAGUUUUCGGAGCAUCACUUCCAGAAGGCUUUUCAAAUAAAUCCUCGUUCUUCUGUUAUAAUGUCUUAUCUUGGGACAGCUUUGCAUGCCUUAAAGAAAAAUGAGGAAGCUCUGGCGAUGAUGGAGAGGGCAAUUUUAGCUGAUAAGAAGAACCCUCUUCCCAUGUAUCAAAAGGCAAAUAUACUUGUGAGCUUGGAAAGUUUUGAUGAAGCUCUUGAAGUUCUAGAAGAGCUUAAAGAUUAUGCCCCUCGUGAAAGUAGUGUAUAUGCUUUAAUGGGUAAGAUAUAUAAGAGGCGUAACAUGCAUGAGAAGGCAAUGCUUCAUUUUGGUCUUGCUUUGGAUUUGAAACCAUCUGCAACUGAUGUUGCUACAAUUAAGGCUGCUAUUGAAAAGCUUCACGUACCAGAUGAAAUAGAAGACAACUUGUAGAACUUUUAGUUUUGGAAAUACAGAAAAAGAGAGCAGCAUGAAACAUUUUCUGGCUCAAGAAACUUUUAGCCCCAAGGUUAUCUCUUGCUUGUGCUUUCGACCACUGGAGAGUAAAUUGCUUCAUCAUUGAUGCAUCUUGUGCAUGGAAUGCCUUUUCCAAUUGGUUGACCUUGCACGGGUGACCCUGGUUUCAUAGGUGAUUUAACGUGCUGACGGAAGAUUUGAGCUGACAAAGGCCCUGGAAACUGCCACACUUGUACUGAGAUGUAUUAUCAUAUCAAGAGAAACUGUGAAAAUGAUUGUAUAAUUCAUUUGUAGUUGUUCAUAGUUGUAUGUUAUUGUUCAUCUAUGAUCUUUUCACUUGAAAUUAAUGGUUACCUUACCUCACAGGUACUGGCUUCCAGCCAGAUUUUUGAACCUCCAUCAAAUCCUUGGGAUACCAAAAUUGUAAUCAGAUUGAAAUUAUUUAAUUCCUGUGCUCUCUCCACUUGUAAUCAAAAUCUUCUGCUCA